GUCAUCUGUUCCUAUGUCACCACAGGAUUGAAUUAACUUCUUGUUACCAAAACUCCCUGUCUUCGUUGUUGGCGUUCAGGUCAUAAAGGUUGACAAUCUGCACUUAUAUUCACUUCGAACGCCGUUGGAUUUGGCGUGUGCUGCAUGUCGGAACCUACAAUUCAUGGUUCUCAGUCAGUUAUCGAACUUCCUCUACCUAUUUUUGUCUUUUGCUGUUUGUCGCACACAUCCGGCAGUUCGGAUGAUACAGUGGUCGAGAUUCAAAUUCGAGUAAGCAUCCUUCUCAAUUUUCGGGAUGAAUUGCCAUUGAUUGGUUGUUUGGGUUUCUAUAAAAUUCGACUGUACGCAGCUCGUUUCAUAACGUUAUUCACGACUGGAACACUGGGAGACAUUGCACUUCGUUCGUGCUUACAUUCCUGAUACUACGAAGAACAAUUAUUCCCACUACGAAAGCAGUGCCACGUGCUUAGGUGUAGUUUUAGUUGACGAUGAUGACAGUCUGACUGGCCUCCUGCCUCAGUUCUUUUAUUCUACUCCGUCAUCGUUUAAACAUUGCCCAGUUAGUUUACGGGCUUAUCCUAAGAGGGGCAUAGAAACAAAGUAUUAACCCUAAC